AUGUGUUCCAGUCGGGGCCUUUGCAACAGUGGGGAGCGAGCCGCCGACCGACCUGCCCGCUCCGAGAGCGCCGGUUCGGGGGCUCACUAUGCCCUGUGCGCCCUGGGCGUGGGCCUUAUCGCGCUGGGCGUGGUCAUGAUCGUGUGGACGGUCAUCCCCGUCGAUGGGGAAGCGUCUGGCACCUCCACCAACACGUCCAGCAACACCACCGCGGAUGACACUGACAGCGGCAGCGAAGAAGGGGAGCUCUCCAAGUCAUCGUCGGUCGCCAUCGUGUUGGUCGGCGUCGGCCUGGCCAUGCUGCUGCUGUCCAUUUGCCUCGGAAUUCGGAGCAAGCGCAGAGCGAACAGCAAUCCGCAAGUUGCAACGACGGCAGCGGCGUCUGCCUUCUUGGAUCAUGUGGCCGGCGAGCAAGAAGACGUUCCGGAUCCAACCACAUUCAACGUUCCGAGCUAUGAGGAAGUAGUGGGCAGCAGCGACUACCCCGUGCGUCAGAGCAACCUCCGGCAGAGCAACACCCACCUGCCGUCGUACGAGGACAUCAUUGCGGCCGUAGAGAACGAGGAUGCCGAGCAACCGGCUGAGGACGCCCCCCUAAGCGACGGCGCCCCAUCACCAGCUGCUGAGCCCCAGGCCGACGCCGCCCGUCAGCCCAGUCUACCGGCGCGCAGCGCCAGCCGGGCCAGCCGCCUGCUGCGCCCCCUGCGGGUGCGGCGUAUCAAGUCGGACAAGCUUCACCUGAAGGACUUCCGCAUCCAAAUCCGCAGUCCCACGACCAACCCGGUCAACAUCGAGCCCAUCACACCGCCACCGCAGUAUGACAAUAAGCCGCCGGAAUUGGGCUGA